AUGGCGAACAAAAGCAAAGGCAAAGGCCGCGACUCGCGCCAGUCACGCAGUCGCAACACCACCCCCAGCUCCGGGCUGAGCGCGAGCACGACCAUUGGUGUUUCGUCCGUUGUUCCCGGCUACCUCGACAAUGACUUGUCCAGGCUGUUUUCUGCAGUUUCCGUUCACUAUUCUGAUCUCCUGGAGCAAACUGGCGGGGGCGGGCAUAUCCCAGAUAUAAAGACGCUGGAGCUGAUCAGUGAGCAGUUGAAAUCGCUUAGUCAGAUAGCUGAUUCUCGCGGUGAUACAUGCAAUGCUGGUAUGCGAGAGCUUUCGCAACGGCGGAAAGAGGUUAUUGAAGAGCAGCGCGAGCAGGAAAUGGAGCGCGACGCGGAGGAUAGGGUCAAAAUGAAGAGGGAGGCGGACGAUGAUGAGGAGACGAGUCGAGCUUUCAAAGGGAACAAACUCAAGAAGCGCAAGGAACGGCCUCAAAAGGAAGAUCGCCCUCUAGCAGUGGGCGCACAUGAAGUUUCUCGACAGGAUGGUGGAGAACUUGGAGAGCGUAAACGGAGUCGUGAAGCGGCAUCGCCGUCGUCCAAAAAGUCGCGAAACCUUGCGUCCAGCACGUCUUCCCUCUCGCCUCCGUCUAUGGCUUCACCUAUCCCCAAAGAAGAGGAAGCCGCUGGUAUUUCCUCGUCGGAAGAUAGUGACGAUUCGCAUCAACCAGAGCCAGCCCAAUUAGUCCCUCAAUUCCAAGUAUUCGGGCCCGACCCGCUGAAGUUCGAUGACCCAACAAUCUAUCACAUUCGCGAUGUGACCCCAGAGACGACCGAUGAUAUGAAAAGGGAGAUUUAUAGCGUGGCGCACUUUCCUCCAAGUGAUCUGAGUCAUAUGAUGGCCGGAACCCCCCCAGACAAAGAUUUCAGUAACGCGAAGCCGACAAACCAGGUUAAUGCGAAUACUUUUCUUACUUGGGUUGACCCUUUUGUUCGUGGUCUUACGGAGGAAGAUAUUGCUUUUCUAAAGGAGAAGGGCGACCGCACAACUCCCUUUGUGAUGCCGCGUCGAGGGAAGAAGCAUUACAGUGAGAUAUGGGCAGAGGAAGACGGCGCAAUGAGCUUGGACCACUCUUCCGAAAAAGAGAGACUCCCCUUGAACCAAGGACGAGGAAAUAUCGAGCAGCUGACCGACGAAGUUGCGGAGACGGACAAAGUCUCCGUAGCACCCCUCGUCAGCCGCCUCUACUCUCUUCUGCGUUACGAACAUCGCGUAGAACCCGAUGAGAACAGCGCCAAUGGAGCAGCAGGCGGCAGCAGCAGCGGCGGCGGUGGAGAUUCGUCAAUGAACGGACUCCUCGGAGGCGACUCCUUCAUGGACCUAGACCAACCACUCGGAGAAACCGACUCCAAGCCCCAGCCCGCCGCAACAUCCUUCCCCGACGCAUCUCCCAACGGCUUCAAAGUCCCCGCAGCAAAACUGGAGCACGCGCAACUCGACGAGAGACUCAAAGCCGAGCUCCGGUACGUCGGCUUCUUCGGCGCAGACGACAACCCGGAUUUCGACGCCCAUUACGACGACGACAUCGCGCAGCGUCUCCGACUCCUCCAAAGCGAACUCAAGAAACAAAUGCUCGUCAACGGAGCGCGCAAGACGCGACUCUUGGAAAUCGCCAAGGAACGCAUGGCAUACCAGGAAUACAGCACGAUUCACGACGACCUCGACUCGCAGGUCCAGCAGGCCUAUCUGAAGCGAACUCGCACCCUAGGGAAAAGCAAGAAAGGAUCGCAAGCCAAACACCGUCCCGGAGGCGCAGGCGGUGGCAGUCAUGUCGUUAGUGCCGCGGGAGUCGGACGUCCUGGUAUUGGCGACAUGGCGCGCACGCUCAUGGAUCGUCGCAAGCGGUGGCGCGACUGCAUCGGCCCCAUUUUCAAGGAUAGUAAGACAACUGUUCCGUCGAAGGAGGAGAGUGUUUUCGAUCCGGUCACGAUGGCGGAAUAUGAAAAGGCUGAGCUGGAGGGGUGGGAUGAGGAGCAGGAAUAG